CGCGUGCAGCCCGGAGCAGCGGGAACGCACGGAGCCCUCCGCCCAGGACGGGUGUGAAGGGCCGCCCCGAGCCUUCCUCGGCCUCCUCAGGCUGCAGCCGGGUUGUGCUGUAUGACGUUAACUGCACACGGUCUCUCCAGGUGUGCCAAGCAUGCAGCUGGCGCUGAGAACGGUGCCCGUCGCCAGCAGCCCCUCCACGAAGGGCUUUUGAGGACACAGCGAUGGACCUGGACGUCAACGCCAGCAUGCAGGUUGGGAUGCGGGUGGUCCGGGGAGCGGACUGGAAAUGGGGCAACCAGGACAAUGGUGAAGGCAACGUAGGCACCGUGGUUGAGAUCGGUCGGACCGGCAGCCCAACCACUCCAGAUAAGACGGUGGUGGUGCAGUGGGAUCAAGGCAACAGGACCAACUAUCGGACAGGCUUCCAAGGAGCUUACGACCUUCUCCUGUACGAUAACGCGCAGAUAGGUGUCCGUCACCCUAACAUCAUUUGCGACUGUUGCAAGAAGCACGGGAUACGGGGAAUGCGCUGGAAAUGCAAGAUGUGUUUUGACUAUGACUUGUGCACGCAGUGCUACAUGAACAACAAGCACGACCUGCCUCACCCCUUCGAGCGCUACGAAACAGCGCACUCGCAGCCAGUCCUGGUGAGUCCCCGACAGAAUUUGACUCGUAUCACAUUGAAAGGAAUUUUCCAGGGGGCAAGAGUAGUCCGUGGCCCAGACUGGGAGUGGGGUAACCAGGAUGGUGGUGAAGGCAAAACUGGACGUGUGGUUGAUAUUCGAGGCUGGGAUAUAGAGACUGGACGUAGCGUGGCCAGCGUCGUGUGGUCUGAUGGCAACAAAAACGUCUACCGAGUGGGACACAAGGGGAAAGUGGACCUGAAAUGUGUUGUGGAGGCACCUGGAGGCUUUUACUACAAAGAGCAUCUCCCAAAAUUAGGAAGACCAGCUGAAUUGCAGAAGAAAGAAAGCACAGAUAGGCACCCAUUCCAGCAUGGGGACAAGGUGAAAUGCCUGCUGGACAUUGACAUCUUGCGGGAGAUGCAAGAGGGCCAUGGUGGCUGGAAUCCUAAGAUGGCUGAGUUCAUUGGCCAGACAGGGACUGUGCACAGAAUCACGGACAGAGGGGACGUGAGGGUCCAGUUCAACAGUGAAACCCGCUGGACUUUCCACCCUGGAGCCCUGACUAAGCUCAACACGUUUUGGGUUGGUGAUGUUGUCCGGGUGAUAGAUGAUAUGGAAACAGUGAAGCGGUUCCAACCUGGUCAUGGGGAGUGGACAGAUGAAAUGGCAUCUACACUAGGGCACAUUGGCAAAGUGAUCAAGGUGUAUGGGGAUGGAGACCUGCGAGUAUCAGUUGGCGGGCAGUCCUGGACAUUCAACCCAGCUUGUCUGACAGCCUAUCAGAGAGAGGAGGAAGCCAACCUCAUGACAACAGAGAACGCAAAGGAAUCCAAGAGUUCUUUGAGCACUGUUCUGGAGAAACUGCUAUCCCAGAAGACAGAGUCCGACCAUGCUGGGUGCUUGGUCAUUUGGGCGGCACUCAACAACGCAGAUAAAGUUCGGGAGCUGCUUCUGAAGUACCCAGACAAGGUUGACACAAAGAAUCAGGGCAGAACUGCCCUGCAAGUCGCCUCCUAUCAGGGGCAUCUGGAUGUGGUGAAGCUGUUGCUACAGGCACAUGCUGCCGUCAACCUAAGGGAUGAGGAGGGUGAUGCAGCACUGCACUACACAGCUUUUGGAAACCAGGCAGAGGUUGCCCGCUUGCUUGUUAGUAAAGGGGCCAGCACAGACCUGCUGAACAAUGCGAAGCGCACGGCGCUGUGUAUUGCCGUUAACCAAGGAUUCACAGAUGUGGUGCGGGUCCUCUGCGAGCUCAACUGUGAUGUCAACCUCCCGGAUUCUCAAGGAGACACCCCCCUACAUUGUGCCGUUACUGCUGAUUACAAGGUUAUCAUUGAGAUCCUCACUGAAGUGCCCAACAUUGACUUCACUGUCCAGAAUUGUCAAGGCUUCAACCUGCUCCACUAUUCUGCUCUAAAAGGGAACAAACUAGCCGUCAAGAUGAUUCUAGCAAGAGCUCGACAGUUGGUUGACUCCAAAAAGGAAGAUGGUUUCACUGCCUUGCACCUUGCUGCUCUCAAUAAUCACAAAGAAGUGGCUGAAAUUCUCAUCAAAGAGGGUCGCUGUGAUGUCAACCUCAAGAACAACCGGAACCAGACACCGCUGCACUUGGCUGUCAUCCAGGGACACGUAGAGAUGGUGCAACUGCUGGUGAGUGAAGGUAGUGACGUCAACGCUGAGGAUGAGGAUGGGGACACAGCAAUACAUAUUGCUCUGGAACGGCAGCAGCUGAUGUCAGUCAUGAUGGAGAAGCAUGAAGGAGAGGUUGGACUGUCCCUGCUUUCCAAGCUGCAAGCUUCUGGCUUCCUUGGAAAUGUGGAGCUGAAUAUUGGAACCGCAAUUGCAUGUUACUUAGCAGAAGAAGGAGCAGAUAUUAAUUAUGCCAACCACCGUGGAAAGUCUCCUUUGGAUCUCAUCACAGAUGGAAGGAUUAUCCAGAUCAUCAAGGACUUCUCACAGAAAUUCAGGGAGCAGCAGGUUUCCUCAGAGGGCCCAGCCGCCGUGUGCAGCCUGCGCCGUGUGCACACCACCCCCAACACCAUGACCAACCUCAGUGUCUCCGGCGCAGCAGCCCCCAGCGAGUGCCUCGUCUGCUCUGAGCUCGCGCUGCUCAUCCACUUCUUCCCCUGCCAGCACAGUAUUGUGUGUGAAGAAUGCUCCCGGAGAAUGAAGAAAUGCAUCAAAUGUCAAGUGACAAUAACGAAAAAAAUCAAACAAGACAGCACCGAGGUGGAGUGCAGCCCAAGCUCCGAGUCCACGGAGCAGAAGAAGCUCAUGGAGGAGCUGCAGAGCCGCUACCGGCAGAUGGAGGAGCGCAUCACCUGCCCAAUUUGCAUCGAUGACCAAAUCAAACUGGUCUUCCAGUGUGGACAUGGCUCUUGCCCAGACUGCAGCACAGCUUUGACCGUGUGUCCCAUCUGCCGGCAGGCUAUCCGGGAGAGGAUCCAGAUCUUCGUCUAAGGAUAUGCUUACUUCUCAUUCCCACCUCCCUCCUUUACUUCCUUUUUGUUUGCAUUUUAGAUGAGAAGCACUGGUCUGUGUGAUGUGUUUGGUUACAUGCAAAGCCAUCCUCAAUGAGAAGAGGCAAAUAACAAGUGUGACUUGGAUAGAAGCAGAGGGAGCCCCCUCUGCUCACAAUACUAUAUGUGCAAGCAGUGGUGCUUGAGGGCAGACUGUGCCGCUUUCUGUGCUCCUGAUGCAUCAGAAUGACAUGAAAUAAAGGACACUGACCUGUACUCUGAAGGCAGAAGGGACUUUCAGACCAGAGGCAAUUAGAUUUUCAUGCACAGAUGUUUUCAAGGGCAUCCUGUCAUCCUUGCAGUGUCAGAUUUGCAGCCUUGCAUUGCUCUGAAAUACCUUCUGCAAGCAAUGGCAAAGCAAUACUCUCGUACCUCCCACGAGGAGCUAUCAGAAGAGAGCAGUUACGGCCUUCAGUCCUCCCAGGGGCCUGUCAAUAAACGAAAAGCGGUGUCAGAAGAUGAUACUCUCUGAACUUGCCCUUGUGUGCCUGACAACAUCUCGGACUGACAGAGGCCAAUCUGGAUGCGAUGAGAUCCUAGCACCAGAGCUUGUGCCUUAGAGACGAAGCAGUGAGCAGCGACUGGAGAACACAGGUUGUUGCAAGAAGCACUUCUAACCUCUCCAUGACGCUCCUCCUUCCCCCUGCCCCAGCU